GCUUACCCGAGCCGAGCACGACGAGCCACCUCGACCAAUGGCAGCACCGUGAAUAACCCCGACCUCCAGCUCCGCUUACCCUAGGCCACCCCUGACCUCUAUCGCUAACCCUCAGCACCGCCCCAGCAGCCCCGUGACACGCAACCCUACCUACCUCCCCGUUCUGCCCCUCGCCCCCACCCAUGGCGACGCCAGCCGCCGCGCCGGCCCCACCAAACCCUAACCCUGUCCCCGACGACCCGCCGCUGCAGCAGCAGCACGAGGAGGAGGAGGAAGAGUCGCCGGAGCCAGAGCCGGAGACGGCGCCGACGUCCCUCACCACCUCGAUCGACCCCACCCCUUCCGGCGGCGAGGAGAGCGAGAGCGAUGACUCCUCGUCCGUCUCCUCGGCGCCCUCCUCAGCCCCCGCUCCCGCCCCCGCAGCGGCGGCGGCCGCGGCGCCUUCGCCCGCUGCCAAGGACCUCCUCCACAUCUCCUUCAACCAGGACUACGGCUGCUUCGCGGCGGGCACCAAGUCGGGCUUCCGCAUCUACAACUGCGACCCCUUCCGCGAGAUCUUCCGCCGGGACCUUGCCGCCGUGGGCGACGGCGCUACCGGCGCCGGCGUCGGCGGCGGUGCCGGGGGAGGGGGUAUCGGCGUCGUCGAGAUGCUGUUCCGCUGCAACAUACUCGCGCUCGUCGGCGGCGGCGAUAAUCCCCACUACCCGCCUAACAAGGUCAUGAUCUGGGACGACCACCAGAGCCGCUGCAUCGGGGAGCUCUCCUUCCGCUCCCCCGUACGAGGCGUCCGGCUCCGGCGCGACCGCAUCAUCGUGGUACUCGAGAACAAAAUCUUCGUCUACAACUUCGCGGACCUUAAGCUCGUGCACCAGAUCGAGACGGCGCCCAACCCCAAGGGCCUCUGCGCUGUGUCGCAGCAGCCCGGGUCUAUCGUGCUUGUUUGCCCCGGUGCCCAGAAGGGGCAGAUUAGGGUGGAACACUAUGGGGCAAGGAAGACCAAGUUUAUUAAUGCACACACUUCCCGUGUCGCGUGCUUCGCGUUGUCGCAGGAUGGGAGGCUCAUUGCAACUGCUAGCACCAAGGGAACACUUGUUAGAAUCUACAACGCAGCUGAAGGCAAUCUCCUGCAGGAAGUAAGGAGAGGUGCUGAUAGAGCAGAAAUAUAUAGCUUGGCUUUCUCGAAUAAUUUGCAGUAUUUGUCUGUCUCGAGCGAUAAAGGAACAAUACAUGUGUUCAAUUUAAAGAUAAAUGUGGGAUCGACUGCAAAUGAUAAGCCUAUGCCUGCUCCAGAUCCUGAAGUUCCCCAUAUAAGCCCCCCUCUUUCAUUCAUUAAGGGUGUGUUGCCGAAAUAUUUCCAUUCUGAGUGGUCAGUAGCUCAAUUCAGGCUACAUGAGGGUGAGCAGUAUAUUGUUGCAUUUGGACAUGAGAAGAAUACUGUGGCAGUUGUUGGUAUGGAUGGAAGCUUCUACAGAUGCCAAUUUGACCCAGUUAACGGAGGAGAAAUGCUGCAGCUGGAGUGCUACAAUUUCCUAAAACCAUCGGAUCAACCGUAGCAACAUACUGUAAUCAUCAUCAUGACUGCUCCCCCUGUACCAAGGAUUGUACAGUAUCUUUGUGGGCCCUCGGUGACCCGAGGGCAAAGCAAGAGAUAAUAAUAUUUUUAUUUGUAAAUAUAUCUCUGAUGUACUAUGUUCUGCGGAAGGGCUAAAACACCCAUUUGCAGACGAACGUAAUAGAAUGCAUCGUUAUUUAUUUAUGAAUAAAUAAAAUAGCCUAGCAAUGUUUUACUCAUU